CCUAAGUAUAUUGUCAACAAUAGCCAAAGUCAAGAUGAGACCUGCUUUAACGGUGGUAAAUGCAACGAGCAAACAAACUGCAUCCGUUAUAUUUUUCCAUGGCUCCGGCGACACUGGUCCGAAUGUAUUGGAAUGGGUGCGCUUUCUACUGGGACGGAAUUUGGAAUACGGCCACAUAAAAGUCAUUUAUCCAACAGCACCAGUGCAAAAGUACACGCCGUUGAACGGCCAAGAGUCCAAUGUGUGGUUCGAUCGACGCUCGGUAAACAUUGCGGCACAGGAAAGCAAAAAGAGCAUGUCACAAUGUUACGAAAGCGUUAAUCAGCUUAUCGAAGACGAGGUCUCGAACGGCAUACCGGCCAGCCGCAUCAUUGUGGGCGGCUUCUCAAUGGGCGGCGCGUUGGCCUUGCACACGGGCUACCAUUUGAAUGCUGGACUAGCGGGUGUCUUCGCGCACUCUGCCUUUCUCAACCGUAACUCCAUCGUCUAUGAAUCGCUGCAGUCGAGCUCCGAGCAGAAGGAGCAGCUUCCAGAGCUCCGAAUGUUUCAUGGAGAGCGCGACACCUUGGUACCGAUCGAGUGGGGCGUUGAGACUUUUAAAGCUCUUCAAAGUUUAGGUGUCAACGGUACAUUCCAGCCAUUGAAGAAUACACUGCAUGAACUGAAAAAAUCGUCGCUUGUUGAUCUACAGGAAUGGAUUCUAGAAAAGCUACCUCCGCUUGAAAACAAUGUACAAAAUAAACUGUGAGCGUAUAUGGCAUAACACCAGCACAACUAUCAGCGGCGCAGAGACAAGGCUUGCUAUCACUUGCUUGAUCUUCUACGUGAUGAUCUUCUCCGCCGUAAUGAAAACUCAGUUCUUCCUGGGCAAGAAUGUUGCGUGCUGCGAAAAUACCUUUAAAAAUGUACAUAAAAUUCUCCGGUAAUAUGAAAACAAAACAAAAACGUUAAUAAAACUCACAUAUUUUUGGUAUGGGACA